GUAGGGUGUUUAGCGUCUUCGUUUUCGGCGAACUGCUGCAUCAACCCAGUGCGUUUAGCAUCAUCAAAACAUUGCGAGCUACAACAGCGACUAUUAUUUCCUAGUACGUUCAAAUGUAAAUGGAAGAAUACUAGAAAACUGCAUCGUUGGAUGGACGGUUUCUUUGCUUCACGCAAAGGAUUUCAAGCACAUAAAAAUGGCAGAUCCUCCACCCGAAGAGGAGCGUCAGCCCGAGCAACGAGAGCAGCAAAUUGGAUGGUUAGAAGCGGACCAAUUCGAAUCCGCAGAAGACAUUGAAAAUAAUGUCGUAAACUUGGUGCCUCGUCGUUCGGCACGUAGACAAAGGUACGCGGCCAAUAACACAAAUGGAAACGCUGGUGCCCGACGCAGAGCAGCUCCGGCACGGGCUAAUCCAGCACGGGCUACACCAGCACAGCGGGCAGUCACGAUACAAAAUGCUAUUCGACGAACGACUGGACAGGAUUUAGAGUACAAACAAAAGAUCUUAAGGGCUCUAACUCAAAUCACUCGAUCGUUCGAAAUGGUGAUUGAGCAGCAAGCCGAUGCCACCCUCAUGUUUUGGCAGGCAGUGGCCGCUGAAAGCCGUAAUUUACGGCCCGAUCUGUACACCCAGUUCAAGACGGAUGUAAUCGACAAGCUGGCUGAGUAUAUUAGAUUGAAUCAUCAAACGUUCGAAAAUGAACUGUAAAUUUCGUUGCUUAAAUUCUACCGAUAAUAAAAACUGUUUUGUAUUGAAGAA